CAAUGACAGGUUCUGAUAGGUUGUUGGUCUGACCACUUCCUAUAUAAGAGGAGAAAGAAAGAGGAAAAAGGCAGAGAUUGCGGUGACAACAACCGAAAAACAUACUACAACUAAACCCUUCUCGAGAAGAACCAGCCAGCAUGAAGAACAUUUUGUCUGUCGCUUUCCUCAGUGUGGCUCUUUGCCUGGUCUCUGAGGCUGUGCAAGUCCAGGAAGGUGAUUUUUCCUUUUCACUGGACUCUGUAAAAGUUCUCCAGCAAUUAAUCGACCAGCCACGAACACAAAACCCUCGUUUGACCAAGAUGAGCUACUUUUCUGUAUGUUCCAAUCCAACGCUGCCACAGGAGUUUGUGCCUCUGUGCAUGCAGAGAGGAGCAACUAUGUCCUUUGCUAGGCUAGCAUCUGUGCCUGUGGACAUCUGUGAAAUAUGUGCUUUUGCGGCUUGUACCGGUUGCUAAUUCCUUCCAUCAUCCCCUCGCUUGAUCAUCAUCACCUUCACUUAAUAAAAUCCACAUAUUUUCAUUUACUGCCAUAGGUUCUCACAAUUGACCGUGCGAACAUUGCGAAUGUUGCCUGAAUGGCAGAACACUGUUUAUGAACUGUUACUUAAACUUCCUUCCCCUCUUUUCUUUCCCAUGUUUUGUUUUGUUA